AUGGGCCCGAAGCGAAAGCUCCCGAAGGAACGAGGCGAGGCCGCGCCUCCACCUUCGAAACGCCAGGCCGGUAGCGAGGCGGAGAAGCCGCCAAGCAACAACGACAACCGCCAUCACGGCUUCGAACCAUAUCCCCCAUCCAAGGUCUACCGGCUCAUCGAGCCCGGCCCUGUGUUGCUAGUCACGACGGGUUCGCUAGCUGACUCGACGCACAACGUCAUGACUAUGGGCUUCCACAUGGUGAUGCAACAUGAAUCCCCGCCUUUAAUCGGUAUCUACCUGGGGCCCUGGGAUGCGUCCUUCGCGGCGCUCAAGAAGCAGCGCGAGUGUGUCCUAGCCAUUCCCGACGUAGAGAUGGCUGGCGUAGUCGUCGACGUCGGGAACUGCUCCGCUUCCGACAACGACGACGGUGCGGAGGAUGGGGGCGUCGGCGGCCGCACCGACAAAUGGCAGCGUUUCGGGCUUGACGCGCUCCCAGCCGCGAAGGUGAAGGCGCCGCUCGUGGGUGGACCCGACGUCAUCGCCAACAUCGAGUGCGUGGUCGAGGACACUAAGAUGGUUAGCAAGUACUCGAUGUGGGUUGUGAAGCCCGUCAAGGCUUGGCUGAACCCGAGUAAGAAGCCUGGAGAAGGCGGGAGGAUGUUUCAUCACCGCGGCGACGGCACGUUUGUUGUCGACGGCGAGAUCCUAGACUUGAAGGAUAGGAUGAUCAAAUGGCGAGAAUACCAGGAUUAA